GGGGGUGCCGCUGAGCGCCUGCGCAGUAGCUGUCCGUGUCGGCAGCUGCAGCGGGUCGCACGGCUCUGGCCCGUCUCGGGGGGCGGGCGGGGGAGGCGAAGCGCGCGAGCAGGGCGCGGGGCACGAUGUCCGACGCGGGCGGCGGAAAGAAGCCGCCUGUGGAGCCGCAGGCUGGGCCAGGCCCGGGGCCGGGGCGUGCACCUGGGGAAAGGGGCCUGCCGGGCUCCUUCCCACUGGUGUUGAAGAAACUGAUGGAGAACCCCCCGCGCGAGGCGCGCCUCGAUAAGGAAAAGGGGAAGGAAAAGCUGGAGGAGGAUGAGGCAGCAGCUGCCAGCACCAUGGCUGUCUCAGCCUCCCUCAUGCCACCCAUCUGGGACAAGACCAUCCCAUACGACGGCGAGUCUUUCCACCUGGAGUACAUGGACCUGGACGAGUUCCUGCUAGAGAAUGGCAUCCCUGCCAGCCCCACCCACCUGGCCCAGAACCUGCUGCUUCCUGUGGCUGAGCUGGAAGGAAAGGAGUCUGCCAGCUCUUCCACAGCGUCCCCACCAUCCUCCUCCACUGCCAUCUUUCAGCCCUCUGAAACUGUGUCCAGCACAGAAUCUUCCCUGGAAAAGGAGAGGGAGACUCCCAGUCCCAUUGACCCCAACUGUGUGGAGGUGGAUGUGAACUUCAAUCCUGACCCUGCUGACCUGGUUCUCUCCAGCGUACCAGGUGGGGAGCUCUUCAACCCUCGGAAGCACAAGUUUGCAGAGGAGGACCUGAAGCCCCAGCCCAUGAUCAAAAAGGCCAAGAAGGUCUUUGUCCCCGAUGAGCAGAAGGAUGAAAAGUACUGGACAAGACGCAAAAAGAACAAUGUGGCUGCUAAACGGUCGCGAGACGCCCGGCGCCUGAAAGAAAAUCAGAUCACCAUCCGGGCAGCCUUCCUGGAGAAGGAGAACACAGCCCUGCGGACGGAGGUGGCCGAGCUACGCAAGGAGGUGGGCAAGUGCAAGACCAUUGUGUCCAAGUACGAGACCAAGUAUGGGCCCUUGUAACCUGUGCCCACCGCCCGGGCGGGGCACUGCUUGCACCUCAGACCUCUGCCUGGGGGCUCCCUGAAACCCCUCACACACGUGGAGACUUAUGACUCGUCAUGGGCGCGUGGUGGCACACCUGUCGCAGGAGCGUUCACGUCUCAGCUUCAUUAUAACACAGGCGGCGCACGUGGCGACUUCCCCAGGGGGCCAGCCUCCUCACUGGUGGGGAGUGUGAGAGAAUCUACGUAGACGGGGGAAUCGGCCUUAGUUUCUGUUCUUGGAUGUCCCGGUUGAAUCAGAAGGGGACCUCUGGAGUACAAAUCCUCCUUUCACAGGGCACUCAGGCUUCUCUUGACUCUCCCUCAGUCUCCAGCCUGGGCUGCCAAGGGCUGUCUCUGCAGAAGGAGUCGUAAUUGUUGUCACCCUUAUGUCUUCUCAGGUAGCAGGGUGCAUUUCCACUUGGGGUGUGUCUGUCACGCACCUCAUCCUCCCCAGAAGUCUUUGAGAGAAACAUCAGUUCCCAUCCUUCUUGGAGUUAGAGGACAAACCAGCUCCUCCUUUAGUGUCUGCAUGGGUGGCAGGCCACAGGAGCAGGAUCUUUGCACGGCCUGGCCUGGGGUUCGAGUCUGGAGCCUGCAGCAGGAGUUUGCCCAACCAUUCUUAGCCCCCGAACCACUAUUCCCCUGCGGCUCUGAGGUCUGGAAGCCAGGGAGGAGGCCCUGGUGAUUGCCCUCUCUGUGUUUCAUGCCCAUGGAAGACAGACUCCCGGGGCAGCUGGUCUCUGAGCCCUGGCUGCCAGCGCAGAGGGAGAACGUUUCACCUCCUCUCCAGGCCACCCGUGGAGGCCACCUGAGUCUCUUGUUUGUCCCACUAGACUGGGCCUCCAGGCCUGCUGUUUCUUUCCACCCAAUAACUAAUCUCAGAUCGUAGAUUUACAAGGAAAACCCCUCUUAUCUAGGAAGCUUUAAUGUCCUGGACCCAGGAUGCAGCUUCCUUGUGGUGUUCAGAAAACUGGCCUCCGCAGCCUCCUUACACUGUGGGCACGAGAGCUGGGGCACGUUUCUUGAAAAACUCCUGUUUUUUCUUGCUCUGCUCACCAAUGUGGCCCAGGCCAGAGUCCCCUCUCCCUGGGGCAGAGAGGGCUUCCUAGUUCUUGCUUCAGGAUCCCUCCCGUGUGAGCUGCCCAGAGACUUGGCAGGGCAGGGCACCUAGUCCGGUUGCUGAGGUCGUGGUGCACCCCUUGGGAAUAGCAGGCUGUUGGGACAUUUACACAGGCCUAGAGUCCCCUCAGUCUGGGUCCCAGGAGAUGGGGGCCACCUGCACAAGCCUGGCCAUGGCAUGGAGGGAUUCUCACAGCUGCAGCUUCCUCUGCCUCACAACUGCUCCUUUCUCUUGUGUCUGGCUGGACUCGUCCUUUUGCUUUGCCCAGAAAGUUGACUGAGGAAAUUCGUGGAAGCCUCUGCUCAUUUGGGUUAGUUGGGCACCCUUGAGAUGGGUGUGUUUAUUUGCUCAGGGCGGGCAGCGUAUGGUGAAGAGGAGACAGAAGUGACAGGUGUACUUUGUCAUAGGUAACACUAGCUUUAUUUAAAGUGAUGGCUCAGAGUCCCAGGCCAGAACUCUAAAGACUUUUCAUAACAGAUGUUAAGACCAGGCUGUGGGCUGCACCCCAGAGGAAUGCCACGGCCCUCCGGGGACCUGUACACCCACCUCUCCUGGGGACUUCACAAGGGUCCCUGAGGCCAAGGGAGGUCACCCCUCUCUCCAGGCCCUGACUUUUACUUUGCGGUUCUAUAAAAACCAUGUACACACUUUUCACUCUAUUAUAACCACACAGGGCAGGUGCAUCCAGCAUGUCAGUGUCCUGCCCUGGGCAGCUCGCCCUCCUGGGCACACUCUCUCUGGUCUGGCUAUUCACCAAGAGGGCAGUUCUCAUUUUGUUAUUGGUAGAAGAGCCUUGAGCUUAAAAGCUCUUCAUUUUCUUUGGCCAGAAGUAUAUGGUUUGUGUUUUCUCACUUUUAUUUUUUUAAAGGAUGGACACCUAAUCUCUGGAUGGUGUCCAUGUGUCCAUCUUCCAACCCCAGUAGGUAGGAUGGUGGCUUGAUGUCUCUCCUUUCUGUCCCACCUUCUGCCUGUUUGGUGCCCUCCCCUUCUCCCCCACCCCAGGCAGUAGGUGGCGGGUUCCUUCCCAAAGUGCUUACUUGGAAAGAGUGUGGCUACUGGACUCUUUCAGAAGAGUCCUUUUGAGUCAGGAGCCUGGCAGGGACAGGGCAGCGUAUGUUCAUAGAGGACAUUUUAGAGAAGAUAAGUGUUCAGGUAAGGUUGUCUCCUCCCCUGGCCUAAGAAUUGAGUCCUUGCAGGAGGAAAGGGUCGGUGCCUGCUCAUUUUCUGUCAGGGAAAUGGGAGUCUCCCUGACUCCCUCCUGGACCUUCUCCAUCCUGGGACUGACAGCCGAAGACUGAGGCUCCUGUGCUCAGAUCUUUGACAUCUAAAAAGCACUGGAGGCUGGAGAAGCUGACUUAACCUUGGCUUUCCAUGGGUUCAUGAUGGGCUUGGAAGUGCCACCCACUUCCUAAGGGUCCUGUCUUCAGCUUCUUCAUGGCAGCCUCACUACAACCUCAGAACAGACAAGUCAUGAAUGAGCUGGAACGUUGCAAGAAUAUACAUAUUAUAAAUGUAUAUAGAGAUAUAUAUUCAUUUAGAUCGAGAGAGAGCUUUCAAGGUCAACGGCAACUCGGUGAAGGACCUGGGUAAUUUACCCUCAGCCGAAGGAAGGGAUUUGCCUGUCUGGCUCCUUAGGUUGGCGCAGGCACUUAGCAGUGAUCCUUGACUUUGGGUACCCGUCACCCUGCUGAGAGGGCUGCCGUGGCCCUGGGCAGGCAGCUCCUACAGUUCUCUGGCCUGAGGCAGGGCAGCAGGUCGGGAGCCCCUUUGUGCUGGGCAGCUCUCCACCCAGGGCCCUGGGAGCUACGCUCCCUGCAACACAAAGGGCCGAGGAGCUUCUGGUUUUCAUGGCAAAGCUCCACCCCAGAGCUCCCUUUAACAUCUGCUAAUUAAGUGCAAUAAAUUUUUCUAGAAAAUGGCAAAGAUGACUUCCAGGUGGAUAUUGCUAUCUUAUGGUGUUGGGGAUGCCAGAACACCACUUGGUUUUAUUUUUCUAAGUGCAUGUGAUGUGAUAAGAGUGUGUGGGGCUCUGUGUCCUCCCCUGGGAGCUGGCAUUCCAGUGGGCCCCUCUCUCCUUUACCUUUGUUGGGGGAAGGAGACAAGAGAAAAAUCCCUUCUUCCCAGCUGGAGAGGGCGGAAGCAGACCGCAGCCCGUAGGCCUUAUGUGCGCGUGUGCGUGCGAGUGUGUCGUGCUGGUGGGCCAGAGCGAUGUGGUGGGGAGGGAAGCUGGGAAUGUAUCCUUUUCAAACAAAAUUAAAUAUUUUGAGAUGAGAA